UCUCAAUUAAAAAACACCAAUUACUGUUCGAUAAACCUAAUAUUUUAAUCAUUCGGUAAAUUUCAUAAGUAUUUGAAACAUAAAAUCUAAAACAAGAAAUAGAACUGUUUUAAAGAAACUCCAAUGCCGUGAUAUUAGAGAUAUUUUCGAUUUUUACAAUUAUAUACACUAUACACAAUUUAUUGGAAACUAUAUUCGUCCAAAAUUUAUUAGUAGUUAUACAUUAUACAAUUCGAAAUUACGGACUUUUGUACAAAGAAUAAAAAUCUUAUAAUAAGGAAAUAACGUAGUAAUUAGCCUGAUAAAUUAUAAAUACAAAAAAAUCCGUCGUAAGUAAAGUGCCUCCAAAUUCUACACAACAAAUAAAAACUAAUAAUAUUUAUGAACAAAAAUAAGUGCUUUAUAUUAGUAAACAAAAGAAAAUAAUAAUACGAGCGAGUUUUAAAUCAACGGUCUAAUAUCGUAAAACAGUAAUAUCGUUUAUUCGAGACAUACACCAGCACUGCCCUGCCGUUAGCAUCGAAUCGGUAAAUACACAAAGCGAACUGCCUUGCCGACAGCGCUUGCCUACAUUCACACGCGGGCCACACAAACACACGCUGGCACUGGCGGAAGUGUGCAGUGGCUCUGCCUUAUCGGCGAUGCCAUUUAUUGAUGACGCGCUGCUUUGGUGUCCGGAUAAUGAUGGUCGUAUGGUUGGUGGCUUAGAUAUCGCGCCGUGCAUGCAAGAGGAAGCCACCACCGACAACAACAAUGAAAAUGUAAACGAAACGUCGCAAUUGGAUGAACCAAAUACGGAACUAAACUCCUUGGAACCGCUUUGCACUGAAUCGUCCGAUGAACUAUUUCGACAAUUGUCUGAAAGCAAUUUCGAGAUCGAAAGUUUGCUAUCGGAUUUGGCAACAGUUGAGGUUAAAGAGGAGAACAAUAACAAUAUCGGCGAACAAGUGGUGGGCAUAGCAGCUAGCGACAGCUUCGUGCCAUUGGAGGCUACCGCUGUCGUUGCUACCGGCGUACUUAGUCCAGCGUGUGCGAAUACCAAUGGAUCAGCAGGUGGUGGAGACGUUGGCAUAACGAUAGAAGGCGCUGCCGAGUCUACUUUACUAGGGCUAACCGCACACUGCGAAUCGCUAACUGCGAAACCAAUAAACCAAAGUCAAAAGCCAACAGCAAGUUUAAAUAUUGUGCGAGAGGAAGCGUUAAGAGCCACCACUAAUUCCUAUAUAAGCAGCAGCAGCAGCAGCAAUGAUAGUGUGGCGCUUGUGCAUGCGCAUGAAGCAAAUGCACGACGCUUUUUGAUCGCCUCCAACCCGCUACUCGCCGAAAAGUUACUCGCCAAAAGUAUACUCAGCACUGAUAAUAGCAACAGUGCGACAGUGAAGACACCAGAUUUCAGUG